GAAGAAGAUGAAGAGUCUAGUAACAGUGAUCAAGAGGAAUUAUCCACUGCGGGGAUGAUAAAUAAUUAUCAAGGUAGAUAUGGUUAUGGCCACCCAAGAUCAAGUAAUAUCAUCCAAGUUAAUCAACAACAUAAUUAUCGUGCUAUCCUACGGGGUAGCAAAGGCAAGCGUGGUACAAAUCGAGGAAGUGUAUAUAGAAUUUCUGAUCUGUCCAACCAACGCCUAACAAAUAUCAAAAUCGAAUUUUUGCCUCCCAAUACUACGGCGCAUCUUCAACCGAUGGAUACGGAGGAUAUCCAAAAAAAUAAGAUCAAUAUCAAAGAGGCUAUUAAUUAUGUGGCAGAAUCGUGGAACGAGGUGACAGAAUUGACAAUUGUGAAUUGCUGGAAAAAGACAGGCAUUUUGCCAUUAGUGUUUAAUGAUGAGAAUAUACACCAGGAAUCAUCCAGGCAAGAGGAAUGUCAAAUUGGUGAAUUACUAAGUAAUUUCACAAGCAAAGAAACAAAUCCAACCAUUAUACAAGAAAUACAAUGCUAUAUAACAAUCACCAAUGCAAAUAUACCUACCGAAGAACCUCUCAAUGAUGCUCAAAUUGUUGAAAUUGUACUGGCAGAGCAAUUAGAAGACGAGCAAGGUGAUCCUGACGAUA